AUGUCGAACAUGGUUUUGAAUGGAAACAUUGACAAAUCCGAUAGGAAUUCCAUACUAGACAUACUUCAAUCGCUUGAGAAUAUUGCAUGGGGACAACCAGGCUCUGCAAGGUGCGAUUUUAGGAGUGAUGUUAUUACACGCCCUAGCCUUAGGAUGUUGUCCGCGGUGGUCAAGACUACACUCGGCGAUGACGUAUUUCGAGAAGACCUAACGACUGCCCACUUCGAAGCGCAUGUGGCUGAAAUCAGCGGCCGAGAAGAAGGCAUGUUCGUGAUCACAGGGACGAUGGCCAAUCAGCUUUGUUUGCAUGCUCUAGUCUCAACUAGACCGUGUGGGAUUUUACUUAGCUCAGAGUCCCAUGCCAUACACUAUGAGGCAGGUGGCUCUUCGAUGCUUAGCGGCGCCAUGCUUCAGCCUGUGCAGCCGUCGAAUGGUAAAUAUCUGAGAGUGGAAGAUUUGGAGGAGCACGCAAUUCUAACCGACGAUGUCCACAAAUGCCCCACAAGCAUUGUUUCUAUGGAAAAUACAGCUGGUGGAGCAGUCGUUCCUGUCCAUGAGCUCCGCCGCAUCCGGGAUUGGGCAAAGCAAAAUAACGUGAGGACUCACCUGGACGGUGCUAGACUUUUCGAGGCUGUUGCUACCGGUGCUGGGACUCUCAAAGAAUAUUGCAGCCUUAUUGACCUAGUCUCCGUGGAUUUUAGUAAGAAUCUUGGAGCCCCAAUGGGCGCAAUGAUUCUUGGUGACAAAAAAUUGAUUCAGCAGAUGCGAAGAACUCGAAAAGGGAUUGGAGGAGGAAUGAGACAAGGAGGGGUAAUCACUGCAGCUGCACGGGAGGCACUGUUUGAAAACUUUGGACUGGGAGCGGAAAUCGAAAGUCAAACCCUAUUGCAAGUGCACAAAGUCGCAAAGCGUCUAGGGGAAGAAUGGACUAGAAAAGGUGGGAAGUUGAGCAAAGAGAUCGAGACAAAUAUCAUAUGGCUCG